AUGUCUACGGCCAAGAAAACCCACACCACGCCUGCAGACCAGGAAAAAUUGCAGGCCAUCGUGGCCGUCAAGGGCGUCAAGAAUGAGUUGAAGAAACUUUUUCGUGAAAGCCCGACAGUCGGACUCGAUGAGAAGACUAGGCGCGAGCUUGAGGGGGAUGGUGACCUCCCCCCCUUACCUUUUCCAAUUACCUCCCCCGAACUGCGAGGUCCGUCAGAGAAGAUCACGGCAGCAAUCAUUGGGGCUGGAGCUGCGGGUCUUUUCACUGGAAUGAUAUUCGACUAUCUUAGAAGAAAGGCGGCACUGGAUGUGUCUUACGAGAUCAUCGAGGCAGCGAGGGAAAACAGGGUUGGGGGUCGGCUGUACACUCAUCAUUUUGGUUCGGCCGACAGACUUGAUUAUUAUGAUGUGGGAGCGAUGAGGUUCCCGGACAACCCCGUCAUGAGUCGUGUCUUCAAACUCUUCAAUCGCCUGCGAAUGGAAAGAACAGAGGACAUCGCCGCAGCGCAGAAUGGAAUGCUCAUCCCGUAUUAUAUGCAGAAUGACGCUGGUGACGAGCCAUGGCGGUUCAAUAGCAUUACCGAAUGGGGGAAUCUCCAAGGGAUACAAGUUCAGGCCAGACACGCAGGCCCCUUCAACCUGAACACAGAUGGAAAGAUUGACGUACGAUUGUUGAACUUUACCCCGGAUGUUGUGAUGAAUGAAGCUAUUCAUAAUAUCAGAGAGGCGUUGAAGAGAGAAGACGAUCAAGGGUGGCAAUUACUCAUGCACUAUGACUCCAUGAGUACUCGGGAUUUCCUGAGACGAGUUUAUCAGUCUCAUGUUAGGAGGCUUGACAUUCCGCCCCCGCCGUACAAUUUCGAGACCAUUGAAUGGAUGGAAACAUUUAACGGAGGCACGAGCUGGUAUGACCAGGCGCAUAGUGAAACAGUCCUUGAGUCACUGGAUUUCCACUAUGACGACAAUACGUCGUGGUGGUGUGUCCGUGGUAGUAGUCAAAUAAUUGCCAAGAGGAUGCAGGAAGCUUUGGAGAUAUCGCCACGCUGGACAUUGAACACCUCGAUUCAAAAAAUAAAAAAACAAAAGGAAACAAAGACGUACUCCGGGGUUUUUAGCUCGGUGCCCCUGGGCUGUCCGCAACGCAUGGAGACCAAGGACGCCAAUCUGAAUUACGGUACCAAACAGGCCAUCCGGUCUUUGGGGUAUGGAGAAUCCGCCAACGUGGGAAUGACGUUCGAGCGUGCCUGGUGGAUCCAUGACCUGGGCGAACAUAAUAUCACAAUGGGUGGACUGGGCCAUUCCGAUCUAAUGAUCAGGACGUGCGUUUAUCCAUCCUACAAUUACAAUCUCGGCAGGAAUGAGCCUGCGGCUCUCCUAUGCUCGUACACUUGGCAACAGGAUGCCCAGCGCAUAUCCUCCCUAAUCCACGGCGACAAGGCCAAAGAGGAAGACCUCAAGGAGCAGAUCGUCCGUGAUUUGGCCUGUCUUCACAGUACUACCCCUGACAGCGAGGAGAACCUCUACAACCUUAUCAAGAGAUUGUAUGUAGAUCACCACGCCUUCGACUGGGGCCACGAUCCCAACGCAAUGGGAUCCUUCGCCUUCUUCCGCCCGCAGCAGUUCUCCAGCAUGUGGCCCCAUAUUAUCCAGCCCUCGGGAGACUUGGUGAUUAUUGGAGAAGCCGCCAGUCCCAGGCAUGCCUGGGUUGUGGGAGCUCUGGAUAGUGCUGUCCACGGCGUGCAUGACUGGCUGGUGGCAAAUCAGAACGCAAUUCCCCAUGCCAGCGAGGCGAUUAGUGUGUUGCGGACCGAGGAAGCGGGCGAGGACAAUCCAUUUGUCGGUCUUCCAUCCUUUAUGUCUUCAAACCUCGCCGAAUGGCACGCGCAAAGGACAAGUCCAGAAUCUUUCUCACGGAACCAAAUUAAACAUAUCCUUCUAUACUAA